GCAAUACGAUUAUGAAUAAUAAUUCGACUGACAUUUUUUUCGAAACGCUAGACGUGUUGAGUUGCCGUAGAGAACUCGCGUGUCGUCGGUGUUCCGUCCACGUGCGCUUCCCGACGCCGUGACGCGUGCACGCGUAUUGGCUCUGGUCUGAUGUUUCUCGAACGCGACGGAUCGUCCGGGGCCCGGGGGAUAUCGGGCAGUAGGGCGGCGCGCCAUCAUCUGUGUUCGGGUAACGGCUCCCCGGUAUCCCCUUCAACGCGUUGUAGUAAUUGUUACGCGAACGUGCACUGUCUUCUUUUUUUUUUAUUCUUUUUCCGAUCUCCGUCCAAGUUCCGCGAGCGAUACAUUAGCCGCGUCCACCGGCUGUUGUCGUAAUCGAAACUACGGAACGUGUGUGUUACACGCAUACGGCAGUCUGUAAUUUGGAGGAAGUAGGAAGUUUCAAAAAUAUUAAAUGAUGGAUAAAUCUGCAGGAAUUAACCACAGCGGAACAACAGUUCUCAAUCAAUCUUAUAAUAAAUCUACACAUCAAGCAAUUGUUUGGCGCAAUGUUAUUUUGUUUGCUUACCUCCAUUUGGCUGCAUUAUAUGGUGCAUUACUAAUUUUUACCUCAGCUAAAAUUGCAACAACUAUUUUUGCAAUUUUUAUGUAUCAAGUAUCUUUAAUUGGCAUUACUGCUGGAGCUCAUAGACUCUGGUCACAUCGAUCAUAUAAAGCCAAGUGGCCAUUACGUGUCAUAUUAAUGAUAUGCAAUACAGUUGCGUUUCAGAAUCAUGUGUUUGAAUGGUCCCGGGACCAUAGACUCCAUCACAAGUAUAGCGAAACAAAUGCAGACCCGCACAAUGCUAACAGAGGAUUUUUUUUCUCACACAUUGGUUGGUUAUUAUGCCGAAAACACCCGGACAUAAUGGAUAAAGGACGUGGUAUCGACGUAAAAGAUUUGUUAGCUGAUCCAAUUGUUGCUUUCCAAAAAAAGUAUUACAAGUUCCUGAUGCCAAUGUUGUGUUUCAUAAUACCUACAUUGAUACCUGUUUAUUGUUGGGGCGAAAGCUGGUCAAAUUCUUGGUUUGUGGCUGCUAUGUUUCGGUACACUUUUUCAUUAAACAUCACUUGGUUAGUUAAUAGCGCUGCACAUAUGUGGGGCGGAAGACCUUAUGAUAGGUUUAUCAAUCCAGCUGAAAACAUAACUGUAGCUUUGUUAGCAUUAGGAGAGGGUUGGCACAACUAUCAUCAUGUAUUUCCAUGGGAUUACAAGGCAGCAGAAUUGGGUGAUUAUAGACUCAACAUAACAACUGCAUUCAUUGAUUUCUUCGCUAAAAUUGGAUGGGCAUAUGAUUUGAAAACUGUGUCAGCAGAUACCUUACGCAAGCGUAUGGAACGCACUGGCGCUGAGGAUAAAGAACUACCAUGGGGCUGGGAUGACAAGGACUUAUCACUGUCAGACCGUGAAGCAGCCACAAUUAUUAAUAAACAAGGAUAAAUAUCACUAUAAACCAAAUCAUGUAUUAUUAAAUUCAAAUUAAGUAUAAAUUAACUGCAUUCCGAGUGCCAUUGUGUGUAUUAUGUUGUAUAUAUUAUGUUUAAUGUUUACCAUAAUUAAAGUUUAUUUGUAUAUAAUCA